UUCCAGAAACCAAAGCCAAAGAUCUCUGCAUCUCGCAGACUGUUCCUGAAGACCAAACUGAUAAAGAAGGCCAUGACCAUGCUGGAGAAUGAAAAGCAAGUCAGAAAAGAUGAACGAGAGAGAACCCUUACUGAGAGAGUCCCAGCCCUCCAAAUGUCAGGCCUGUCUCUGCAGGAUCUACAGAAUCUUUGCAAAGAACUACACCAGAAAAUUGAUGUGGUUGAUGAACAGCGGUAUGACGUUGCUUCUAAAGUGACAAAAAAUGAUAGGGAGAUCCAGGACCUGUCUCAAAAGAUCUUUGAGUUGAAGGGCAAGAUGAAGAGACCAAACCUGAGGAGGGUGAGAGUGUCUGCUGACGCCAUGCUGGGGGCUCUGCUGGGCUCUAAGGUCAAAGAGUCUGUGGACUUCAAGGCCAACCUCAAGACUGUAAAGAAGGAGGAGGAAAAGAAAGAGGAAGUGACUGACUGGCGUAAGAAUGUGGAUGCCAUGUCCGGUAUGGAGGGCAGAAAGAAGUUGUUUGAUGCCGGGCAGUAG